CAAGCUCCCAGAACCCAACCUUCAGAGCUCUUUACUGCACAAUCGGAACUCUCCAGAAGCCUAGCUCAACACCCGAGACGAAGAUGAGGAUGCUUGUGUUGCAGUGUUGUCUGACCCUGCUGGGUUUGUCUCUGGUGCUGUGCAGCAAUGGCGUCUCUUCUCAGCCGGACCUGGAUCUGCAACACCGCAGACUUCUGCAAAGAGUUCAUGCCCUUGGCGUGGCUGCACAGGAGUGGACUAAGAAUGAUCUGAAGGACAUUCUAACUCAGCUCACCUUGCCAGACUCAGAGAUUCAGGAGAGCGACAUUUCCACUCUGGGGACAAAACAAGAUCUCACAGUGGAAUUAGAGCGAUCAGCAGAAGACCCCAACAGCCUCCCGCCUCGAGAGCGAAAAGCAGGCUGCAAGAACUUCUACUGGAAAGGAUUCACUUCCUGCUGAGCUCCUGCCUCUCUAGUCACAUGACCCAACACUGGCCACUCCUGAGUCACUGCUGCUAAAUGUCCCCGCCCUCACCUGGGACUCACCAGUGAGGUCAAAUCAGUAGCUGAUUUCUAUCAAUUAAUCAUAUCAAUCAGCUUCAAUUGUAACUUUGUAAUUUGUAAAAAUAAAGACUAAUGCUUCAUUUGAUUUUAAAUU